AUGGUGAAAAGACGUCCUCCUCUGAGACUGAGGGUACAACACGCCCAGACUCGGUACAGGUCCCACAAGAAACCGUCAUGGCUCAGAUCAAUCCUGUGUUAUGACAACAACGAUGUUGUGGAGCCCGACCACAUUGAAACGGGGCAAACUGGAGCACCAUUGUCACCCCCAGGUGAGACAACUGCUGCCUUGCAGCAAGAGACAACUCCAGAGACAACUCCAGAGACAAUCCCAGAGACAAUCCCAGAGACAAUCCCAGAGACAAUUCCAGAGACAAUCUCAGAGACAAUCCCAGAGACAAUCCCAAAAAUAAUCCCAACAACUUCUCAGUCUGUGCAAGACACUUCCUUCCAAAGGUUUAACGUGUCCUGUAACAACGAAAAGGAUUUGUUAACGAGAAAUAACAUCAGCAGUCAGAACCUAGAAGAAGAGACCCAUCAAUCAUCUUCUCAUGACACUUCCUCUCAAGUAUGUUCCGUCCCCUGCAACAACAAAUAUAAUUUGUGUGUUGACCUCGAGACUUCGAACUGCCUUGCAGAGGAGUUGACCCAUCAAGCAUCUUCUCAUGACACUUCCUCUCAAGUAUGUUCCGUCCCCUGCAGCAACAAAUAUAAUUUGCGUGUUGACCUCGAGACUUCGAACUGCCUUGCAGAGGAGUUGACCCAUCAAGCAUCUUCUCAUGACACUUCCUCUCAAGUAUGUUCCGUCCCCUGCAGCAACAAAUAUAAUUUGCGUGUUGACCUCGAGACUUCGAACUGCCUUGCAGAGGAGUUGACCCAUCAAGCAUCUUCUCAUGACACUUCCUCUCAAGUAUGUUCCGUCCCCUGCAGCAACAAAUAUAAUUUGUGUGUUGACCUCGAGACUUCGAACUGCCUUGCAGAGGAGUUGACCCAUCAAGCAUCUUCUCAUGACACUUCCUCUCAAGUAUGUUCCGUCCCCUGCAGCAACAAAUAUAAUUUGUGUGUUGACCUCGAGACUUCGAACUGCCUUGCAGAGGAGUUAACCCAUCACUCAUCUUCUCAUGACACAUCCUCCAACAACAAAUAUAAUUUGUGUGUGAGAGAUGACGUCGAGAGUUUGAACUGCCUUGCAGAGGAGUUGACCGCAUCUUCUUAUGACACUUCUUCUGAAAGAUCUACCGUCCCAUGCAACAACAAAUAUAAUUUGUGUGUGGGAGAUGACCUGAACAGGAUUGAAGUGACCCAUCAAUCAUCUUCUGUGGAGACAAUCCCACCCUGCAACAACAAUAAUUUGUGCGAGAGAGAUGAUCUCAACGAUUCAAUCAGCCUGGAGAAGGUAUCACAGUCAUCUUCUAGGGAGCUUCCUUGGGCCUGGGCCUUUGCCGAUUACAAGCCGAAAGUGGCCGCAGAAAAAGAUUGCCAAUUGCCUUCAAGUGGGUCACAAUCCAAAGACAAGCAAUCGAAGGGUAUAUUGAGGCGGUCUAAGGGCAAGCUGAGCUCAUGGAUCAAAAACUCAGUCAAAGCUAUCACGAUCUCAAAAAAGAGAGAAAAAUUGGUGGAUCCUUGUGGAAAAAUUGCCAAGGAAAAAGCAAAAAUAGCAGAGCUCUACAAAAGUAUCGAUAUUGCUCAAGAGGAGCUGAAAGACGUGCAAAUAUACAAUGCGCAUCUAGAGUUGCGGACAAAAAAUGGUUCCGAUUUAACUCCUGACAUCAAUAAGUCAUUGAAAAAAAUGCAAAAGCUUAAGGAACAAAUCCGAAAAAGUUACAAUCAGGUCCGUGAACAAGAGAAAAAAGCAAAACAACUGUCCAUUAAGACAGAGAGGACCAUGGCAAGACGUGCUAAAUUGUUGCAUAAUGAAACAAAAGACAGCAAUUCAGACGAGAGUUUUGAUGAUGACAUUCAACACGGGAUCCCAUACCAACCAUCAAUGCCAAGCACUGUCGCUACCACAGACCAGUCACCAGUUGAGAUCGUGAUGAUGCCAUACCAACCAUCAAUGCCAAGCACUGUCGCUACCACAGACCAGUCACCAGUUGAGAUCGUGAUGAUGCCAUACCAACCAUCAAGGCCAAGCACUGUCGCUACCACAGACCAGACACCAGUUGAAUGGAAACCAGUACAUAUACUGACGUUGUCUCAAACCAGAAUAAUCUAUGUCUUAGAGGCAGAAGAAUGCAACAGAUAUGUCUUGUUUUAACUCACUCAGCUGACUGAACUCCCCAAAAAAAUUAAUGUGUGUAUGUGUAUGUAUAAUGACUGUAGCGUAGAGAACUGGUUCUCUAUAUCGUGUAUAAAAAUGAUCAUAAGAUUGAACAAAAU